AUGAAGGCCGCCGUCACCCUUCUGAGCUUGGCUGUUGCCGGUGCCGCCGCCGUCGGCAGCAGCAGCACCAGCACAUGGUCUGGUUGGGGAGGCAACUACCUGAACAACCACUGGGCCGCUGAUAAUCAUGACCUCAACUCGACCACCGUCAGCUCGCUUUCCCUUCACUGCAAGAUCCCGGACUCGGUUGGUCAGAGCGCGCCACCUGCAAUCAGGGGUGAAGUUGCCUACUACCCCACGUACAAUGGCUCCUUCGUCGCCCUGAACUACAGCUCCUGCGAGGUGCUGUGGAGGAUCAACGUCACUCAGGUUCUCGUCAACUUCCGAGCUAUAUCGGCUCUACAGUUGCUCGUCAAUACCCCCAUUUCUCGGACGUCCCCCCAGAUCGACACGGCAAACAACGUCAUCUAUUUCGGCACUCAGAUCCAUGCGCUGCUCGUCGCUGCCGAUCUGACCUCGGGGACCGUCCUUGGCGUGACGCAGACCAACCCGCACGAGCUGGCCACCAUCACCACAAGCCCGACCUUCUACGACGGCCUGGUAAUCGUCGGAGUCUCCAGCGGGGAGGAGGACGCGGCCUUCUUCAGCAACGGCACCUAUCAGUGCUGCAGCUUCAUCGGCAACGCGGCGGCCUUCCGCUUCAAGCGGACCGGCCGCUCCACGGGCAGAUUCACCACCAUCUGGAACGUCACCACCAUCCCCACCAACCUCCCGCCUGCCAACGGCACGUCCCAGUGGUCCGGCGCCGCCAUCUGGGGCAGCCAGCCGUCCAUCGACGUGCGCCGCCGGCAGGUCUUCUUCGCCACGGGCAACAUGUACUCGGUGCCGGACGCGUACGCGCACUGCGUCGACGACCCGGACGUGCACUGCUUCCCGUCCUACAUCUGGCAGGAGUCCGUGCUCGCGUUCGACCUCUACACCGGCCACGCGAACUGGGUCCGCCGCCUCGACAGCCUCGACGCCUGGACGCUCGUGUGCGGCGGUGGCGGCCUCCCGCGCAACACCACGCUGUGCCCGCAGAAUCCCGGCACGGACGCCGACUUCGGCAUGGCGCCGACGUUCAUCCCCGGCGGCAGCGGCAGCCGCACGCCGCAGGGCCGCGACCUGCUGGCCGUGGGCCAGAAGUCGGGCGUGCUGUACGGGCUGGCCGCCGACUCGGGCGACGUGCUGUGGUCGACGCUGACCAGCCCCGGCAGCGAGCUCGCCGGCCUGUCGUGGGGCGUCGCCGCCGACGACCGCCGCGUCUACUACACGGGCAUCAAUGACGGGCAGAAGACCUGGGUGCUGCAGCCGCAGAACACGACGGCCGUCAACAACAGCAUCUUCGGCGCCGCCGAUCUCCGCGACGGCUCCCUGCUCUGGCAGAUCCCCGACACGGGCGAGGUGUUGUGGAGCUAUGAGUUGGUUGGGGGCUUCCAGGGCGGUGUUGCCGUGCAGGGGAAGUAUGUGUUCCUGGGGACCGGCUAUAAGGGGGGCACCGGAGGCGCGUUCUGGGUGUUCAAGGCCAGCUGA